GUCAUCACAAUGGUUGAAGCGAAGAGACAGCGUAUUUUAUGGUCCUUGGAUGCAAAUAUUGUGAUACGGUAUUAGCCACAUUUCGACCAAUACUGACUUAUUGGCGUUAUUUACGGAAAUAUUGUACUUGUUUUUUUUUUUUUUUCUUCUUCUUUAAGUAGAGCGGUUAUACUCAUGUAUGCUAGACUGUGGAAGGAAAGGUAAUAAAUCCUCAUGGAGGGUUUACAAAGUCCACGGGCCCUGUAACAAAUUGAGUUUUAUAUGGAUUUGCACCUUAAAAUCUAGUUCAUCACAGUUAUCACUUCAAGCUGGAAUUAAUGAUGGCCAACCAACAAGCAUACAAUCUUACUCUCGCCUGGGAGAAAUACAUGGAUUGUCGUGAACAGGGAGCAGACCCUUGUGUCAGUCUGCAAUACUUGGAGAAAUUUCUGAUUUUGUUCCGGUCUGUGCAACACCUGAAAGAGCCUGGAGUAAAGGAUGAACUGAAAUUCUGCUCAGACAUGGUUGGUGCCAGUAACACUCUGGCUAGAGAAUUUCUGACUGAUGUUCACCAGCUGUGUAGUGUUGUGGCUCAGCGAGCAGAGGCCCAUAGGGAGGAGGAAGAAGAGGAAAGUCACAUGGAGGCACUAGGAGAGUAUCUGGUCCAAGGCCGUGGCUUCCUGUUAUUAAGCACCUUGGACACUGUACUUGAUCAGGAACUGUCAUGUCGGGAAGAGCUGCUCACUCUCUUGUUAUCACUUCUACCACUAGUAUGGAAGAUUCCUGUACGAGAAGAAAAGCUCCCUGAUUUUGCCCUUCCUUUACUCCUGGAAACACAUCCUUGUCAGGAGGAAAACCCUACCACUCUGAAUGUGGAAAAGCAACAAACCUGUGCUGAUGGACAAAACUCUGGAACGCAGUUCUUUCACAACUUGAAGUCACGACAUAUAAGAAGGAGUGCUCAGAGAUUUUCAGGGAUUGAUGUGUGCAAAUCCCAGAUAUCCACAUCUGAUUCUGACUCUAACUCAGAAGACAAAGCAGAAAACAAAAGGUCCAAACAUCGCAAGUCAGCUUGUUCAUCUAUUCGUGCUAGUCACCAGCAUCAUCAGUUAGUUAUUUUUCUGCAGAAGCCAUUGCAUUAUCCUUGUGUGGAUGGCAUGAGCAGUUUUGAAAGAUUCAGGUCGUAUCUGAGGCCUUUGGAAUCACUGCAGCCCAACACAGAAAUGUUUUCUGACCGUACAGCCUUUUCUGUUUCCAAUUCACCAUUUGACCUCUGUCAAGUUUUAUUGUCCAUACUUGAAAAAAUCUGCAAAUUUGAGAUGACUAUGAAUCACAAGACAGACUUAAAUAUUAGUGUUGUUCCUAAACUUACAGAAAUUCUCACAGAGUUCUCUGACUGUUGUGGUCAGGGAGUGGAAAGUGGUCAGGAAGGACUUGAUGAACUAGCAACAGGCUGGACCAAGGAGCCAAUUGCCCUUGUUCAGAGAAUGUUAUUGCGCACCAUCCUCCAUUUAAUGUGCAUAGAUAUGAGACAGAGUGAGGUCCUACCCAAUAAUUUGCGGCAAAACUUAAGUGAUCUGCUCAAAGCCAUCCUGAAGAUUCGCAUCUGCCUGGAUAGGAAAGCCUUCAUGGCAGGUACAGAUUUGUCUGCUCAUCAGAACAAAAAGACUUUACAAGAGGUGCAAGAAGACAUUUCUUAUUCUAGUUAUCACCACCAAGCUCUGCUGCUGCCAGAACUCCUUGAGGGUGUCCUUCAGUUUUUGCUUGGCUGCUUAGAAGCUUCUGCCCCAAAUCUGUCCUCUUUCAACCAGGCUCUUGAACUAAUUCAUGAUUUUGUACAGCAUCAUGGCCUAGAGCUCUUUGAAGAAAAUUGCCUUCAUCUUGAAGUCCUUGGUAGUACUUGUGAUUCUAAGAUGAGUGUUAAAGUCUUGGAACAAUUGCACAGCAUUAUUUCCAAAGUCCUUAAAAUAAUUAGUGUGGUGAAAAGGGCCAAAUCAGAACACCUACAUCAGUCAUCAUGUGCACGACGCCGUCACAGACGCUGUGAAUAUUCACAAUUGUUGCACCAUCACCAUGAUAUCUCAGGACUGCCUGCCAAUGCCUUUAAGCAGUUAACCCAAUCCAACCUUGUAGAGGAAACUAACUGUAACGAUUGGCGUGUUUGCUACCCUGAACGGUGUUGCAUUCUGGCUGUCUGUGCUCACCAGUGUUUCCGUUUACUCCAACGUCUCUCACCCGCUGGGCCUGCCAUGCUCCAGGUGCUGGCUGGCGUGCAAGCUGUUGGUAUUUGUUGCUGUAUGGAACCACAUUCCGUAGUGGCUCCACUGCUUCAAGUAUUUAAAGCCACAGAGUUGAGCAGCUAUCAGUCCUAUAUUCUCACUGUACUUAGUCAGCUUGUGCUACAACAGCUGGGAGGGGAACAACCGUCAGUGGAGUCUAGACAUACCUCUUGUGAUAUCUGUAUCUUGGACAGAAGCCAGAAACUUGGUAUUGAAAAGACUCUGCAAGACUGUGGGCUGGAAACUGACAUAUCCUUCACAUCUUCUAGCACUUCCUUUCAAUCACACAUUGUUCUUACAAACAGAGGAGUUGAAGACAUGCUUUGGAAAUGGGAUGCUUUAAAAGCUUACCAGGAAAUAGUCUUUGAUAAAGAUUGGCAGUUAAGUAAGCAGAUUGCCAGUCAUGUAUGCCAACUGACCUUAAGGGGAAAUGCAGUGAUACAGUCAAAACUGUACACUUACAUUUUUUAUCCUAUGAUUCAGAGAGGUGUUGAACUAGCUCAGCAUGCUAAAAAACUAGGUGUGUCCAACGCAUGCAGUCUGGUCUGUAGCUACCACACUCGUUGCCUCCCAGUGGAAGUGUUGCUUGUUUACCUUCAGGCACUGCCCUGCUUACUGAAGUCAAGCACUGUGGUGUGUGACAAGUUCCUAAGCAGUACUGGGCUGAACCAGGUGACUGAGUUGAUCUAUUUGGAUUCCACUAGGCCUUGGGCCCUUAAGGUGUUUGAGACAUUGAUUUUAAGUGGUUCUGACCAUCAAAAAGAUGCAGCCCUGCAUGAGCUGGCUGAAGCAGAAGACCACGACUCUCAUGCGAAGGGCGGUGGUCCACAAAGUUUCUGUAAAUUUUAUGAGGAUCUAAAUGAGGCAUGUCUAAAUUGGAAAGGCAAAAACCGUAUGAGUGCAGAAAUCAGAUGGAACCAUGAUGGAGCAUAUUUAAACAUUAUUAAUCUUUUUUUGUGUGUGGCGUUCCUAUGUGUAUGCAAGGAAAACUGUGAUAAGGACUCUGCUACUAACUUUGAGGACCCCUCAGGAUAUUACAAUACUGCCAAUGAACCUCUGGGUGAAUGGUUACCUUUCUUCUUACCGGGUAGUUUGGAACUGCCAUCAAAGGAGCAGGUAAAGCGAGCUGCAGAUGUGUGGUCCGUAAGCCAUCGGUUGUACAUGGAAAACCCAGUGUUUCAAAAACAGCUCUUCAGGUUAGGUGGCCUAAAUAUGUGCUCUCGCCUCAUUACUAUUGUUCUUCAAAAUCUUACCUUAAAAACUAAAGAAAUUGAACGUGAGAAAAAUAGGGACAGCAAGUGCAAAGAAAGCCUAUUACGCACAGGCUCGGAUUCUUCAGCCUUAACACCAGUACACACUGCUUAUGAGGCCAUAGUAUUUGGAACACAUAAAACACAACAGCUGGAUCAUACUAAUUCAUUGAGUCCUGGUCACAUGGUGGUAACAAGCAAGGUUCCAGAGCACAAGCUAGAGGAAGAGUGGGCCUUACAGAGUAUACGCCUCCUGGAAGCACUCUUAUCUAUCUGUCUUCACAGUGCCAAGUCAGUGCUCAAGGAACCAGAAUCUAACAUCUCAAUCCAGUCUGUAGAGGACAUUUUGUGUGAGGUAAAGGAUCACUUGUCUGUCUCUGGUGUGGUAAACACUGAUCUGGCUGUUCCCCUCUUUGACUGCCUGUUGCGUGUUGCACUGGCUAAGGUGUUCGCUCCAGCUACUGUCAUUGAGGAAAAACCUAAAAGGUGUCAAGCCAGUUUUAAAGUCCCAAUUCCAACUGGGGAUGUGUCAGAUGUUGAUGAACUUCAGGUGUGUGAUGGCCAAGAGAUGGUAGAGGAGAAAGGCUAUGAAGCUGAUAGUGAAAGCAACCCUGAGGAUUCAGCACAGCUGGAGGAAGGUGUGAAGACGGCAUUGUUAGCCUCAGGAGAACACCCAGAGGAAUGUUUUCUCGGUUCUGCUUCUAUGGUAUAUGGGUCAGGACAAGCUGCGUUGCUUUUUCCACAAAUAUGCCUUUUGGAGCUUCAGCUGCUGGCCAACAGUUCUCCAUCUCUAGAUGUACUAAGUCAUGUACUGCAAAGCCUUUUGGGAGCUGUGAAAAUGCACCAUUCCAAUGCUGCUAUGGUUUGCCAACAGGGUGGUGUAAAAACCAUUCUGACUGGCUUUGCAAAUAUUCUGACGGAGUCAAAUCCCUGUUAUAAAGAGUGUCAGACUCUACUGGUGGAGCUGCUGGUUUUAAUGGCAAAAGAUAGGAUAACAGCAGAAGAAGUGGCUCUUUUAUUUCAUCUCUUCCUGGAGAAGACCCCACCCACUGACAUUCUGCUGAAUGGCAUUCUUCAGAUGGUGGAGGCUAACACAGAAUCAGAGCCCCUACAUUACUUGUCUUUUCCCAUGUUCCUGUGCAGCAAUGCUCCCAACACCAGCCCUGUUAGAGUGGUUGCAUCCAGGUCAACAGUGGGUACUCUCUGGAGGAGCAAGUAUGGCUCAGAAAAUGAGCAAGGUGUGAGUCAUCCCGUGCAUUUUCAGGCUUCCCCUUGGCACAUUGCUCCUCUCCACCUGCCUCUGGCUGGGCAGAACAUCUGGCCACAUAUGGCUAGCGGCUUUAGUGCCACACUUUGGAUCCGACCUGUAAAGAACAACGAAGAGGAUAGGCCUACACAUGAAGCUGAAAUGAUGUGGGGUGAUGGCGACCAGCUUCUGGAUCAACAAGGAGAAAAGAAGCUCCUUCAUGUUUUAUCCAUUGGGUCCAAAACCCUAAUGCUGCAAAUGUGGGCUGACAUUUCUACAGGAGCCUGCACCUUCAGGAUCUGCAUUGAUCCUAAUGAUGAAAUGAAGGCUGGUCUUCUGGCCCAGGCUGAGUCUCCAUUUGGUGUAUUGAGUACAGGUCGGUGGCAGCACCUUGCUCUCACUUAUGCACAGCAGCCUGAAGGCAAGAAGAACAUCCAUGGUUGCUUGACACUUUGGAUUUGUGGCAUCAAAAAAUGUGAGGUCUCACUUGACUACAACCUCCCAAGAAAGUCUAAUCUGUCACCUGAUAGUAACAAGACCUUCUGCAUGCUGGGCCAUUCCCUAAACAACUCGGAAGAGUUGCCACAACCCUUGAAUUCUCAUUUGGAUAUGGGCAGCAUGCUUCUGUUUAAUGGCUCCAGAAUAAACACUGAAGAGGCCUUUUAUCUUUACACAAAUGGACCUGACCUUACCUCCAUUAUGCCAUGCAAGUAUGGAAAGCCCCUGGGAACGUUGUUCAAGUACAUUACUCAGGAAGGGCUUCAGUGUGAGCAGAUUCGACAGCUGCUAAUGAGAAAUUCUGAAAUAGACACAUCAUGUAUUACUGAGAACCUAGCUGUUGUCUACACUCCCAGCAGUCCCUCCAUCUACACCCUAUAUGAGCCAGUGAUCCGCCUUAAAGGUCAAGUAAAGGCUCCUGUACCACUCCAGAGGCCCUUCAGUUCUAAGCAACUGCAGAGCCCUGUGCUGGAGCCUCUGUCACUCAGGUGUUUGCUGACUUUACAGCCCCUUGGACUCCACAGCUGUCUGCAUAAGAUUGGUGGCACUGGUGCAUUCAUCUUUCUUUUUGCUCGGGCAGUGGAACUAAGUGAUUAUGAGAAGACUCAGGCCUUGGCACUUCAGGUUUUGUUGUCAUUGGUUAGGCACAAUCAGCAUCGGAUGCAUGAGAUGGAGUGUUGCCAUGGGUACUCCAUGAUACACCAAGUCCUCAUGAAGACCAAAUGCUGUGUGGGAUAUCACAUUCUUAAGACUUUGUUGGAUGGUUGCUGUAGUGGCUCUGUCUUAAAAGUAAAGGAGGAUGGUCAGUGGUAUGUUGACACAGAGUCCAACUCUGUGGUGCAAGACCUAAGACUGCUCUCUGAAAUAUUACUGGACUGGAAGAUAUGGGCCAAAGCCCAGAGUGGAGUAUGGGAGACACUUUUGGCUGCUCUAGAGAUCCUUAUUGGAGAGCACAAUCCUCACCAGGCAUUCAAUAUUCAACAGCUGCUUAAAGCCAAAGUAGUACACCGCUUCCUGCUAACCUGUCAAGUGCUUCAGGAGAAUCAAGAUGAGCACAUUGCCAAUGUUCCCCAAAGAGUGUGUCUGUCCUUCAUUAAAAUUAUUCAGGAAGUGCUUGGUUCACCCCCUGACCUUGACCUGCUGCGUUUGCUCUACAACUUCCUGCUGUCUGUGCACCCACCUACCAACACCUAUGUGUGCCACACACCAUCCAGCUUUUAUUUCUUUCUACAUAUUGAUGGUAAGCAGUACCAGGAGAAGGUCCAGUCCAUCAUGUGUCUCCGUCAGUCCAGCAGUGAAGGGAAGUUCACUUGCAGCUCUGGUCUCUCGCUCUCACCAUCGCCAUUCACUGAUAUACAACCUGAAGCAUGUAUGGGGCAGCAUACCACUAGCAAAACACCCUUCAGAUCACGUGACCUAGAUGAGGCUGCCUUCCUGACUGCACAGCAUGUAAUAGAUAGCACACAAAUGGUGAAACGUGAAGAGGAGCAGCUCCCAAACAGCUGUGAAUCAGCCAAGGUGAUUUGCGAUUCUCAGGAUGCAGUUGAUGAGAUACCGGACACAUCUUCCAUGAGCUUAGGAGAAAUACAGGAAACUCAAACGAAGGCCAAUGUCAACACUGACAAUGGGGGAGAAGAAGCCCUGCGAAGGCCUGACAGUCUAAAAGGUAUCCAGUCUUUUCAAAGGAGCCACAGUGACUUUGCCAGCCUGGGUCUGGCCUUUCCAACACAGAACAGUUCUAUGGCUGUUGCUCGUUGGCCCAACAUAACUGAGCGCACCGCCCUAAAUGAUGACAUUGAGAAUUAUACCUACUCUCCUGGCUAUGACCAAGCACACAGCAAGGCCAGUAACAGGUCAGGUACAGAAGACUGUGUGAUUCUAAUCUGCUGUGGGCUUUAUGAUCUUCUAAAAGAUGUCCUGCUGCUGCUACCAGAUCUCAUGCUGGAGGAAGUGAUGGACAAACUUAUCCAGCCUGAAGCUCUUGUUGUCUUGGUUAACCACCCAUCCCCUCUUAUUCAACAAGGGGUCAUAAAGCUGCUGGAUGCAUAUUUUAGCCGAGCCCAAAAGGAACAGAAAGAGAAGUUCUUAAGGAACCAUGGCUUCUCUCUUCUGGCCAACCAGCUGUAUCUUCACCAGGGUACUCAGGGCGUAUUGGAGUGUUUUCUGGGGAUGUUGUUUGGCCGGACUAUAAGCUUAGAUGAAGACCUUGACGUAGAGGACAUGGAAAAUGUUUCUCCAUUCAGAAAGAGAUCUGUGGUACCCAUACUGGGGCUUCUGGAAAACUCCUUGUAUGAAAACUCACUGGUCCACAAUGCCUUGUGUGUGCUGCUGCAGCUGCUGAAUGCUUGCCCUAAACUGGCUGAUAUACUUUUGGACCAUGGCCUCCUCUAUGUGCUCAUCAACACCCUGUCCACUCUCAACGGUCUAGAGAUUGGAAUUUCACAAAACGACUACAGACUUCUUGUCUGUGACAUACAGCAGUUACUGGUGGCAGUGACGAUCCAUGCCUGCAGCUCUUCUGGCUCCCAGUACUUUCGUAUCAUUGAGGAUCUUAUCACCUUGCUGGGUUUUAUGCAGGGCAGCAAAGUAUAUCGCACUCAGGAAAUGGCUAGGGCCUUGCAGUUCCGUGUCCUCCUAUCAGCUAUUGACUUCAUUAAGACAACAGCCAAUCAAGACCCUCGGAAGUUGAGCACCUCUGUCCACUCUUCUGCUUCUUUUCAGCACACUGCUCAACAGAAGCGCAAAAGCAUUGCAGGCAAGCAAAACUUGUCUUUAGUACAGUCGGAUUCAUUGCUGAUGCGGAUGCGUUCUGUGGCCACUGAUGAGCUUACCCAAAUGAUGCAACGGCGAAUGAGCCAAGAGAACCCCAUCAGAGCCAGUGAGAGCGAGUUUAUUCAGAGGCUGCAGAGACUUGUAGUGCUGGCUGUCAACAGAAUUAUAUACUAUGGAAACAGCAAGGAUUGCCUUGACCUACUUAACUUUGAAGAGUCUCCUGAUCACCCAACGAGCACAAACUUACUCGCUGAGCAAAUAUCAGGAGAGAAUAGCAUAAUACAUCCUGCUCCUUUUCAUAUGAGAUGUUUCCAAACAGAUCUUCUUAAGCUCAUGAUGGAGGGCCUAAAAAUCGGACUGGGCAGUACUGGACACAGCGGGACACUACGAGAGCAGUGGUGUCACAUCCUCUGGUCCUGCAAAGAUACAUUCCGGAUUCAGAUCGGACGGCUGCUGGUGCACAUGCUUGGCCCUGCACUUCCUCUAGAGGAAAGAAAGAAAGCCCUAGAGUUUGUCCAUGAGCAAAAUCACCCUGACAUUCUCAGAGAAAGCCUCAGCCCUGGACUUGAGCACGGACCCAAACUGGCUCUCUACCUGUACGAGAUGCUUCAUGACCACAGAGAGAGUCUUACUAAGGAAGAACAGGCAGCUGCCAGUACCUUCAUGACAUCACUGAAGCUGUGUGGCCAUCGGUGCAUUCCACCAACUGCACCACCCAAACCAGACCUACUCAAGGCCAUCAAAGAGGAACAACUAAAAUAUGAUUCAGAGGCAAGAACAAGCAAAUGUGCAUGGGAGAAAAAACUGGCCAGUGCUCAAAAGAUUCUAAUGCAGAGAAUGGAUGGUAAGUCAAAGGACAUCUCCAAGAUUGCAGCAGACAUCACUCAAAACAUGUCUCUUAGACAAGGCAUCGAAAGAAAGAAGGUCAUUCAGCACAUCCGAAGCCUUUAUAAGACUGACCUGAGUUCCAGCCGUUAUUGGAGAGAGCUGGUGCAGCAACUCUCGCAUGACCGGGCGGUGUGGUAUGACCAGUCAUCAUACCCGACAUCGUGGCAGCUGGAUCCCACUGAGGGGCCUAACAGGGAGCGCAGACGUCUGCAGAGAUGCUACCUUACAAUUCCUAAUAAAUACCUUCUAAAGGAUCGCUGCAAACCAGAAGACCCAAUCAAGGCCCCACUUGCCUUCCUCUUUGAAGAGAAGACUCACUCAUCUUAUUCUUCCACUGUAAAGGAUAAAGCCACCAGUGAGCCUAUCAGGUUUACAAGGAAGUGUAUGAAUGUAGCGCCCUCAAGAGAAACUGCAGGAGAAUUGUUGCUUGGAAAAUCAGGGAUGUACUUUGUGGAGGACAAUGCAUCUGAAUCCAGUAACAGCCAGCAGAUUUCUCAGGGAGAGAUGGAGACUGCAUCAUUCUGCUGGACUUAUGAGGAGAUUAAGGAGGUGCACAAACGCUGGUGGCAGCUUAGAGACAAUGCUGUGGAGAUAUUCCUCACUAAUGGCCGAACUCUGCUUCUGGCAUUUGAUAACACAAAGGUUCGCGAUGAUGUCUACCACAACAUCCUUACUUCUGAGCUGCCAAACCUGCUAGAAUAUGAUAAUAUAAAUGCCCUCACACACCUGUGGAGCUGCAGCCAGAUCACCAAUUUUGAGUAUCUCACCCAUCUCAAUAAGCAUGCAGGUCGCUCUUUUAACGACUUAAUGCAGUAUCCUGUCUUCCCCUUUAUCCUGAGUGACUAUACCAGUGAGGUGCUGGACCUGCAGGAACCAUCAAUUUACAGAAACCUGAGCAAACCUAUUGCAGUGCAGUCAAAAGAAAAAGAGGACCGAUAUGUAGAUAACUACAGGUAUUUGGAGGAGGAAUAUAGGAAGGGUACUCGUGAGGAUGAUCCCAUGCCCCCUGUACAACCAUACCACUAUGGCUCCCACUACUCCAACAGUGGUACCGUUCUGCACUUCUUAGUCCGGAUGCCUCCCUUUACCAAAAUGUUUCUGUCCUAUCAAGACCAGAGCUUUGAUAUUCCUGACCGGACCUUUCACUCCAUGGAGACCACAUGGAGACUAUCCUCUUAUGAGUCCAUGACUGAUGUUAAGGAGCUGAUCCCAGAGUUUUUUUAUCUGCCAGAAUUUUUAGUCAACAGAGAAGGUUUUGACUUCGGGGUUCGGCAGAAUAGUGAGAGAGUGAACCAUGUAAAUCUGCCUCCAUGGGCCAGGAACGAUCCAAGGCUCUUUGUGCUGAUCCACAGACAGGCUCUUGAGUCUGAGCAAGUGUCUCAGAUGCUUUGCCACUGGAUAGACUUGGUGUUUGGACUGAAACAGAAGGGGAAGGCUGCUAUCCAUGCCAUCAAUGUGUUUCACCCUGCGACAUAUUUUGGCAUGGAUGUGUCAGCGGUGGAGGAUCCUGUACAGCGGCGGGCCCUAGAGACCAUGAUCAAAACCUAUGGCCAGACGCCCAAACAGCUCUUUCACACAUCACACAUUAGCCGUGCUGGACCCAAACUCAUAAUUGAGGGAGAGUUGCCUGCUGCCAUGGGCCUGCUGGUACAGUUGGCAUUUAGGGAAAGCCGUGAUCACAGCAAAGAUAUUGUCCAUCCGAGUCCUCUGCCAUGGAUUAAGGGCCUAAAAUGGGGUGAGUAUGUGGGCUCACCUAGUGCUCCUGACCCAGUUGUGUGCUUUAGCCAUCUUCAUACAGAGUGCUUUGGUUCCCUGCUGGCACUGCCGACCCGAGCCAUCUGUGGCCUCUCCUACAAGUUCUGCCUCAUGAUGAUCUACAGCAAGGAGCAAGGUGUGAGAAGUAUGCACAGCACAGAUAUACAAUGGUCGGCCAUUCUCAGCUGGGGCUACAGUGAUAAUACACUGCGGCUCAAGAGCAAACAAAGUGAGCCACCCAUCAAUUACAUCCAGUGCUCUCCGCUUCACCAGGUGACAAGUUGUGCCUGGGUGUCUGACGGUUGUCAACUGUUUAUAGGCAGUAGAUGUGGAGUCAUCACCGCCUAUAGCAAUCGCUUUGUGGCCUCAGAGAUGGAAGUUGAGUCUCAGGUUCACUUGUAUGGACACACAGAUGAGGUCACUGGUCUUUUUGUCUGCAAACCAUACAGCAUAAUGAUCAGCGCCAGCCAAGACGGAACAUGCAUCAUUUGGGAUCUUAAUCGCCUAUGCUAUGUGCAGAGUCUUACUGGGCAUAAAAGCCCUGUGAAUGCUGUGUCAGCAAGCGAGACUACAGGAGACAUUGCUACUGUAUGUGACUCAGUUGGUGGAGGAAGUGACUUGCGAAUGUGGACAGUAAAUGGUGAUCUGAUUGGUCAUGUCCACUGCCGAGAGAACAUCUGCUCUGUUGCCUUCUCUAAUCAGCCAGAGGGGGUCUCAGUUAAUGUGAUUGCUGGAGGCCUACAUAAUGGAGUUGUGAGGCUGUGGAGCACAUGGGACCUGAAGCCAGUGAGAGAAAUAACCUUUCCGAAAUCCAACAAGCCUAUAAUAAGUCUUACUUUCUCAUGUGAUGGACACCACCUAUACACAACGAACAGUGAGGGCACGGUAAUUGCUUGGUGUCGACGGGAUCAGCAGCGCAUGAAGCUCCCCAUGUUCUACUCAUUCUUGAGCACCUAUGCUGCAGGCUGAAAGAGUGGCAACAGCAUUCUUGAACUGAACCGGUCUACAACUUUCAAAAACCUCUGGAAACCCCACUGCCUUAGAUUUGAUAGAGGCCUGCAUGCACCGGACUUAAAGAUUUAUCCCUAAAGGCAUGAGAAUACCUUUUUAAAGUGGGCAUGUUGACUAAAAAUGAAUGUAAGAAUAUUGUUAUGUAUCUAUUGAUGAAAAGAGGAGAAUGGGUUUGUGGAAAAUAAUAAAAGCCUUGGACUACUGUUUUGUUUUUUUCUUUUUGUUUUUUUUUAUUUUAUUUGUGCUAAUUAGUUUUCUGUUUCUUUUUUUGACAUGUACAGUACCAUACUAUGCAAGUUUAAGCCAUUUAUAAUUUUUCAUAUUUUGUUUAAUCCCCACAACAUUGUGCUUACCGCACUAGCUUUUGAUUUUUGGGAUUUGGGAAUCAACCCCUUAACUUUGAAAGCUUGAAAUGUUAGUAUUAGGUAAUGUUACCUGCACAUAAUUUUAUAAAGCAUAAAGCACAGCAUAUUUAAUCACGACUCAUUUGCAAAAAAACGCGUUAAUUUGCUAACACUAGCAAGCACCACCAACUCCAGAAAGAAUCAUAUUUUGCCCAGUCUGAUGUAAUCACGAUAUGAUAAAUCAAACAUC